GCAUUUUCAUUGCCGCUUGUACAUACAGAAAUAAAUUAUUUUAUAUUAUUUUUAAAUUUACAAUUAAACAAUUUAUUAUUUAAAUUUUUAAAAAAUGUUAAUUCAGUGGCGCGGAUUUUAUCGUAAAACUAAAUAAUUAAAUAUUUUAUGUUGCAAUUUAAUUUAAUUUAACUUUUAUAAUAAUUAAUAUAGAUAUAUACAUAUACAUAGUAUAUAUAUAUAGAUAUAUAUAUAAAGUAAAAAAUCUCUGAUGAGAUAUUACAAAUUAUUGAUUGCCAGGUGGUCGUAAUUAUAAUCACGACAUGGCAUCUCGCAGACAGCGAAUAAUUAAGCGAGGUGCUGAUAAUCAUCGCUGAGAUUAGUCAUUAACGAUGGUUUCAUCCCAACAUAUCAGGAUUAGAGGCCGAACGUUUAUUGAUGGAACGAGGCUAUGACAGUUCAUUUCUUGCACGUCCAAGUUCUUCCAAUCCUGGUGACUUUACUCUUUCAGUAAGAAGGAAUAGCGAAGUAACUCACAUUAAAAUUCAAAAUACUGGUGACUUUUACGAUUUGUAUGGUGGUGAAAAAUUUGCAACCCUGUCAGAACUCGUGCAGUAUUAUAUGGAAAAUGGGGGACAGUUGCGUGAAAAAAAUGGUGAAGUUAUUGAAUUAAAGUAUCCUCUGAAUUGUGCUGAUCCUACGACAGAGAGGUGGUUUCACGGUCACUUGUCAGCUAAAGAAGCUGAGCGGUUGAUGCUCGAACGGGGUAAAAAUGGAUCUUUUUUGGUGCGAGAGUCUCAAAGUAAACCCGGUGAUUUUGUAUUGUCUGUACGUACAGACGAUCGCGUUACACACGUUAUGAUUCGUUAUCAGGAUAAUAAAUAUGAUGUUGGUGGUGGUGAAAAAUUUGAUAGUUUAAGCGACCUUAUUGAGCAUUAUAAACGCAAUCCAAUGGUUGAAACAAGUGGCAGUGUCGUACAUUUACGACAACCAUUUAAUGCAACUCGCAUUAAUGCCAGUGGCAUUGAAAGUCGAGUAAGACAAUUACACAAAGAAAAUGGUUCGUCAAACGGUUGGACGAGCUGGAAUGGCGCACCAGGAAGUGAUGAAUCUGGAUCGGGACGUGGUAAAGGUAAAGCUGGUUUCUGGGAAGAAUUUGAAUCUCUUCAGCAACUUGAAUGCCGCCAUUUAUUCUCACGCAAGGAAGGAUUGAGGCCGGAGAAUCGUGCAAAAAAUCGUUAUAAAAAUAUUUUACCUUUCGAUCAUACGAGAGUGAAACUUAAAGAUGUAGAUCCCAAUGUUCCUGGGGCAGAUUAUAUUAACGCUAAUUACAUUAAGAAUGAAGAAAGAGAGGGUUCAGGGACCGGUACUGUGGCCAGUAAUGACUCUUUAGCAUUUAAUAAAUGUUAUAUUGCAACUCAAGGUUGUCUUCCUAAUACAAUUCAAGAUUUUUGGCACAUGGUUUAUCAAGAGAAUACUCAAGUUAUUGUAAUGACCACUAAAGAAAUGGAACGGGGAAAGAACAAGUGUGCUAGAUACUGGCCGGAAGAAGGUGAAGCUGCUGAAUACGGUAAUGAAUGGAAAGUUCGUGCGCUCGCACGUACAUCAACAGCCGAUUAUACGCUGCGUGAAUUUCUUUUACAAGGAAACAAACCUAAUUUCUCAGAGCCUAGGAGAAUUUAUCAUUAUCAUUUUCAGGCAUGGCCUGAUCACGGUGUACCUUCGGACCCAGGUUGUGUAUUGAAUUUUCUUCAUGAUGUUAACGCACGACAAGAUUCAAUUGCAGCGUCGUUAAAUUCAAAUGGCCAAACACCAGCACAUGUUGGUCCUAUUCUCGUUCAUUGUAGCGCGGGAAUUGGACGAACUGGUACAUUUAUCGUCAUUGAUAUGAUUUUAGAUCAAAUUAAACAACAUGGCUUGGACUGUGAAAUAGAUAUUCAGCGUACAAUUCAGCGAGUUAGAUCUCAACGAUCUGGAAUGGUACAAACAGAAGCGCAGUAUAAAUUUGUUUAUCUCGCUGUACUGCAUUAUAUUGAGACUGCAACACAAAGAAGACAAGCAGAACAGAAAUCUCUUCAAUUUGGCCGUGAGUACACGAAUAUACGUUAUAAGAGUGAAACAAAUUCCUUGAGCACAAGUUUAAACGAAAAUUCAGCGUUUGUUCAAACACCGACCUUAGCAACGACAAACAAUUUCACACUUCCAUCUCCUGUCACCAGUCUGAGACCUAAGUAGUUGUUAGUUAAUAUAUUUGCAAUUUAUUUAUAUAAAUAUUAAUACACAUAAAAACAACAGGCUCUGAUGAUUACGGUAAUGGAAAUAAUUGUACAUCCACGUUCAAAUUAUUUAGUUUUUUUCUCUAUAAUGCAAUCUUAAGCCUAGAAUUUUUAGUCAUUAGAUAAAUAUAGAUUGGAAUUUGUUCAAAAGAAAUUAAUAAACAAAUGAAAUAUUUAUUUUUAUUUUUUUUUUUUUAUAAAAUACAUUAAUGCGUCAAUUUACAACAAUUGACUUGCAUUAAUUUAAUAAAAUAUAUUACUAUAUAAUAUUCGGGUUAUUGAAAAGUUUAUCAUUGUUAUCACAAUGUUGCAUAGCUUUCUACAUAUUGUAAAAUUUAUUUAAAAUAUUUGCAGAAGCCUGUUAUCAAUUCAAUGCGACACAAUAAUUAUUAAUAUUAAUAUAUAAUAGUAUGCACCAGAGUGCAAUUUAAAAAAAAUUAAUUUAGCAAUUCGAAUUUUAUUAAAAGAAAUUUAAAAAAAAAUGCUAAUUAUAAUUAAAUUGUGAUUUAAAAUAUAAUUAAAUAAUAUUUCGGUCCAUGGAUAUGUGCAAAUGCUGAUGGGAAUUGUAAAAGUGAUGAGAAUGUUUUACUUUUUUUCUUAUUUUUAUUAAUAUUAUUUUUUUUUGUCAUAAUAAUUAAGAUUUAAAUAAAACACAUGACAAUUUAUUAAAUAACUGAAAGACUUAUGUGCUAUGAAAACACAAAUCACGCUUCGUAUAUAUAUUUAUAUAUAUUUUUAGUUAUAAUAAGAUUUCGUUAAAGCGUACGCUAUAGAAACAAUAACAAUAUUAAUAAUUAUUAAGUUAGAGUCUGAUUUAAUAUAAAAAAACGCAUUGUCUUUUUCACAUUUUUUUUUAACUUAUAUUCAAGAUUCGUUAACUAAAAAAAGUAAAUUAUUUUUAAACAUUUUCUGUGAUAAUUAUUAAUCAAUUAAUAAUUCCAAAAACGAUUUUAUAAUAAAGGUUUUUUUUUUAUUUUUUAAUACCCAUUAAACCUGGGGUUAUUUUUGAAAUUUAUUGUCAGUAUUUUACUAAUUGAUUUAUAAAUAUCUUGGAAAAAAAAAUAAAUAA